CUGGGACACUAAACUAAAUAUGGCUGACUAAAGUUGAUAACAGUAAAACUGUGAAACGAGCCAAAUUUCAUAGAGAAUUUACUAAAUAUGAACCUAUCGGGAUUACCAAACAUGCAGCCUUCAUAAUGAAAAAGAAAAAAACAUUUUUUGAUAAAAUAUGAUUGACCGUUACAUCUAUGCUCUAACAAUAUUGCUGGGUACAUGUGCAGUUCUUGUUACUGGAUGCCCUACUACAUGUACAUGUUUAAGAAAGAACAGUAAAGAAGAGGUAACAUGUAGUAGUGGUGGAAGUCUACAAACCAUCAUUUCAACUUUGGACGCGUCAACAAGUUACCUUGAAGUUAUUUCAACAACAGUUAAUUCUCUAUCUCCAACAGAUUUCAGUGGGAUAACUGCCACAAACUUGAAAACUCUCAUCUUACGGAAUUGCUAUAUUAGUAAUAUUUAUGACAAUUCUUUUGAACUUCUUUCAAAUAUUGUGAAUUUAAAUCUGACCCAUAACAGUAUUAGUACAAUUUCUACAAAUGCAUUUGCUGGAUUGACAAAUUUACGAUCGUUAGAUUUGUCAUCCAAUAGGAUCUCUGAACUUGGUGAACAGUUACUUCCGUUGGUUCAUUUGCAAAAAUUGGAUCUUGGUGAAAAUUUACUCACAGACUUAAAUUCAGGUGUAUUCAGAACAUUGACUCAUUUACAGAUCUUAACACUCAAUGGAAAUAAGCUUGAAAAUUUGCAUGGAGAUGGUCUGAAAGGACUUGGAUCUUUAAAACGUUUGAAUUUGAGGCACUGUGAUUUGACAGCUAUACCAAGUGAUUUAUUUGCAAAUUCCAGAAUCGUUCAAAUUUUAGAUAUUGGUUUCAAUAGAGUAGUGUUACUUCCAUCAUCAGAAGUUUUUGUCCAAAAGUCCCCAUAUCUAAAUACACUCAUUGCAGAUGGAAACCGCAUAGAAUCAUUAAAAAGAGACCAGUUUUCUAAUAUGCACAUGGCCAAGUUGUGCUUAGCUAAAAAUAGAAUUCGACAAAUACAAUAUGGUGUAUUUGAUCACUUUGAUGUUCAAGAAUUAGAUUUAUCUGAAAAUGUUAUCAGCAGUAUUCACAGAAACGCUUUUAGUCAGAUAGCUUUACAAUUGACAAAACUUAAUUUGGCUGGAAAUCCUCUAGGAACAAUUCCAGAGGGUUGUUUAAAUAGCCUAUACAGGCUACAACACUUAAAUUUAUCAAUGUGUGCAUUGAACCAUUUAGACAUUGAUGAAUUUGGUAAAUUACAGAGGCUAGAAACACUGGACCUAUCAAGGAAUAGAAUUCCAUACACUCCACAACCUGUUUUGGAUUCUUUUAAUCACAUGUCACAAGUAAACAUAGAACAAAACGCUUGGCAUUGUGAUUGCCACAUACUUCCAUUUAGAAGAUGGCUUUCAACAUCAAAUGUUGGAAAUAUGUAUUGCAGUUCAUUGUAUUCUCUUGAUUGCAGACAUCCCAAAUGUUCUUCCCCUCCAAAAUUAGCAGGUCAAAUAAUAAAACUCACAGAUGAAAGAGAUUUAAAAUGUGAAAAAGUAACUGAAAGAUCGCCACUUAAAAAAUCUCAAGUAAUUGGAAUAUCUGUAGGGUGCAUAAUCUGUUUUACCAUUAUCAUAGCUAUCAUUAUAAUAUGUAUACGCCACUCACAAGGGAAGAUAAGUCUGUCAUGUAACGAUUCUCAAAUCAGUAGCACAGAACUUGGUGACAAAGACCGGUCAACAAAACCAUUCCAUGACCCAGAAGUAGGAUCACUUGACGAGUCAGAUAAAAGUUUUGUUGUCCGGAAUUUUUUUCAUUCAAUGGUACCAAAUCCUAGUGCUGUUUCUCGUGGUUCUCCUGAAAUGUCACGUAAAGAACUUGAUGUAUCCCAUAGAUCCCAAUCAUAUUCAACAUUAAACAGUGUAGGUUAUAAUCCAAUGGGGAGAGAAUCUGCAGUGUAGCUGUAAUAGUAUAUACAUACAUGUACGUGUACAUUGUAGAUGUUGUACAUGCAUUCAUGAUAGAUUAGUAUGUAAAAUGUAUUGUAGGCCAAUGACUUUUGUUGCAAAUUGAACAGGGUAAUUAAUUUAUUAGGCAAUAUAUCAUUCACAAAAAGCUACAUUCAUCAAUUUAAGUCAACAAAAAAUUUGCCAAUACAUGCAGGGAAAUAAUGGUUGAUGUUUAAAGAAAUAUAUAUAUAUUCUCUUAUGAAUUGUACAGUGUAUACAGGUGUAGUACAAGUACUUUGGUAAACAAAAAAUGGAUAGUAAAAAGAAGUUAUUCUACAGCAACAUUUAGUCAGCAACUCAGCUGACUUUAAUCUUUUUUGUUAUGUUUUCUUUAUAUUAUAAUUUUUCUACUUUUUUUUGGAUUUUAUAUGAAAGUUUUUAUUAACAAAGUGCAUUUAAAAAAUGCAACAACUCAUUUAACUUGAGGAUGUAUUCUUCUGACGUUUCAGUCUCGUUGAAAUCUCGUUCUGGAAUUAUUUCCGAAACAUGUGAUACAAAGUGGAAAAUAUCAAUGAAUUUAAAAAAUGUUAUAAUCAAACUUAACUCUGUGAAAAAAUUGUGUAUUUACAAUAACUAGUUUUUGAGUAAUAAAUUUUUCAAAUUUUAUUACCAAUCAAGUCAGUCUUUUUAGCCAAAAUUUUGAAAAAAAUGGGUGAGGGGUACAAGAAAUGAUUUUACCAGAAAUAUGUACAUCCCAUAUCAAUUUUUUCUUUUCAAAUUUCUUAGAUAUGUAUUUUUUCAAUCAUUUAUAACAAAGAAGUUGAAAUAAUACGCAUUUUGUUCUAAAAAUAGAGAAAAAUCACAAAUUUACAAAAUUGACAACAUGGUAAAUUUGACACAAAAAAGCAUCAAAAUAUGAUAAAACUUUCUUAUAUCAACACCUACCUAUAGUUUUUUAAGUUAAAUUUAUUCAGAUUGGUCCACUUCAUCUUUAUUGAAAGUAUGAAAAAAAGUUUAAUUGUGGAACUGUGAUUUUUUUCACGAUAAUAGCCCAAAAAUUGGUAAAAAUUGAUGAAAAAUGAGAAAAUCAUCAAAACUGGGUACUUUCAAAGGGCUGUAGCAAAAAAAGAAGUGCACCACCAUUUGAUUUUUUCAUCAUCAAUUAUUUUUUUAGAGUCAUAUAAACCCAAAAAUCAGGUUAAGAAAAAAAGUUUAAUUCUAGAAAUUUUUGGCUCCUCAGAGGUGUACAUCCUUAAUAGAAUUUUAAAUAAACUGUUUAAAAAUAUAGCAAUGUAUGUGGUAAAUAUUAUGGUGCUUGCUUCCACAGUGAUAAGAGGAUAAGAAUACAUGCAAUACUGAAAUUAACAAAAUUUUUAAGUAUAAAAAUCAAUUAAAAUUUACAUUUUACAAAGUAUGAAGCUGCAAAUGGGGGUAAAAUUUGGGGCAAAAUUGGCCGUAAAAUCAAAUAUAUUUCAAACUAUAUCUGCUUAUUAAAUAUGAAAAUUUUUGUACUGACUUCACUUUCAAAUUGUGUUAUCAAGUCUUAUAUAUGCACACUUCUCUAAGCUCUCCUUCUGAUUGCUAAAAAGAGUUUUAAGUACAAAUGUAUAUAAAAUGUUUGUCGGUGAACUUACAUUUAUGCUAUUAAAUAUAUAUCAAGUAUAUAGUAUGAAUGUACAGUACUAGUGCAUGGCCAAAAUUAUUGGCCACCUGCUUUUUUUGCUACCAGGAUAUAUUUCAUAGUAAAACACAUUUUUUUUUAAAUAUUUUGAAGGCAUUUAUUAUUGAACUAUACAAACUAGGUGUUUAAAACAAAGAAUUGUUUAUUUGUUUAUUUUGUCAUAAUUUUGUUUCCCUUGAAAUUUUAUAUAUAUUCCAAUUAAUUGAAUCAUUGUAUAAUUUGCAUUAGCUUUUUACAAUGAUUUUGUAAUCAAAACAAGUGAUUAUUUGAUUACCAGACCAAAUAUUUCAUGAUUAUUUGAUUAUUUGAUAAUCUAGGACUGUAUUUUUGAUUAUUUGAUUAUCUUGUUUAAAAAAAUAAUUAAUGAUUAUGCGAUUAUGUUUGCAAAAAAAUUGUGAUUAUGUGAUUACUUGGACUCCCCAUGAGGAGCCUCAAAAUUGUAUUGUUUUUAUUAAGCUAAAAAUAUGACACAGUUAACAUUGCAAUACAUUGAAACUUUUAGUCAUUGGUACUUUUAUUAUAUUGUUAUAUAUGCAGUACAGGAAUUAUUUAUUAAUAUUUAAUUGCCAAAUUCAGAAAUGGUAUUGCAUUGUGGUAGGAUAACUGUUAGAAAUUGGUUGAGACAUUGUUUGUGUGGACAUUGAGACUCGCUCAUAGUUCAACAUACUUUAUCAGAAAUUGAAUUUCUUAAUUUGUUAAUUAUUAUGAGUUUUCAAAUAUUUUGCUUUGAAGGGAAGAAAAUAUGAUAUUCAAAGGGAGGCAAAAAAAAUCCUCAAAAAUCAAAAUAUGGACAAAUUAUGUGUGCAAUAUGUUCUGAAUUGACAGGAUAGGACUAACCAAUUUUGUCUUAAAAAUCAAUGUAUUUUUUAUGUCAACUGUUACUGUAAAAGAAAAAAGAAUUGAUAAAAAGUUAAUUCACUAGUAUAACUUUAAUACUCAAUAUUUAGAUAAAUGUAGCUAUACUCAACGAGUAUUAUAAUCCAUAUUGAUAUCUGUAGUACUUGUAUUAAAAUCAUUUGUUUAUGUCUGUAAAAGAAUUGUGGUAAUGAAUUUGAGGAAAAGAUUGUAACAAGCAUGCAUUUACAUACAAGCAUAACUCUGUGAAAUGAUUAUUUGCAAUUUUCCUAUACCUAGUUUUGCUUUGCAAGAGUUGUCUGCCUUCUCUUAUAUUUGCAAGGGUCAAUUUUUUGCUUGUAUCUUGUGUAUUUCUACUCUGGGACUGUUAUACUAUCCUAAAAGACAAAUCAUUCAUUGUUAAAAAAUGUGAUCAAUACAAGUAAUAUUUAAUGAAAUACUAUAGUCAAUAAUAGUGAGUAUGUGUACGUAAUUUGACACAUAUCUGUUUCCGUAUCAUAAUGGUAAUAAUAAAUGACCCAACAAUGUAAUCGAUACGAGGGUCGAUUAUCAAGUCCCAUCAAUAUAUUAUCUCCCAGUUCUACAAUACAAAUUUCGACUACUUGUAUUCAUUAUUUCUUUUCAAUGGUGUAAUGGGAAAUACAUGUAUAUAUAUACAUGCAUUUAUUAUUUUAAGAUUGUAUAUAUAAGCAGAGAUAAAAAUGGUUGAAUUUAGCUGUCAAAUUCAUGUUCACCAAUUCAACUCAAAAUCUCAUACUGUGGAUUCAUUUAUUUUCGUGGGUACCAAUUUUCGUGGAUUGAUGAAAACCUGCAUUUUUGUGGAUAUUUGAUUUCGUGAUUUUGCCUAAGUCUGCAUACAGCCCUAUAGAAAUUUGCAGUUCGUUAAACAUUUAAAUUCGUGGUUCACCUGUACCCACGAAAUCCACGAAAAUUGGUAUCCAACGAAUAAUAAUGAAUCCACAGUAUUCUAUUUAUAACAUAAUAAAUGUCUAUCCAAAUUACAAAAAGACCUAAAGAAACAAAAAAAUGCAUGGGCUUGUUAUAAUGUAUCACCAUUUUGUGUGUAUUUUAGAAUAGAUAUCAUCUAAUUAACCAUCAAGAUUAUUUCCAAAAAUUCUGUUGGUCAUAUGACCUCAUGUAAACAUAAAUAUUUUACAUUCUCUAUUCUAUAAAUAUAAAUAUUUUUAAAAAAGCAAGCAUGUGCAAUCAUUUAAUGAAAAUUUUUCUAUGUCUGUUUGAUUUCAUGUAAUAGAUUACAAAAAUAGGUAAAUAUAUUAUGUUAAAUGUAUUUGGAUGAUUUUUUGUGGGCAGAAUCAGUCAACAAAAGGGAUCUUCCUGGUGGCUGCCUUGCUUCACUUCAAUAUUGAAGUUCUUUUCUUUUUAAUUACUAAACAUGCUUAGCCCAUGGGUAGCCCUUCCUCAGUGAAGGGUUAAAUUGAAGUUCAAGUGAAUAAAGUUUCAAAUGAGUUGAAUUACUGACUUGCAAACCAAUUAUAUAUCAUUAAUGUUUUUGAGCUUAUUUUGACAAAAUUGAACGAGCUGACUGCUUACAGCAAAAUAUUAUUUCACAAUUCCACUUUUAUAAACAUUUGGAACAAUAAAGUCAUAUUUUUAUUUAUUGUCAACUUUUUAGCUAAUGCCCCUUUCAUGCCUUUAAAGUGGAGUUAAAUAAAUGGAAAAAAAAAUAAUAGACUAUGAAGCUAUGGCUUUAGAAAUAUUUUUAAAAUACAUAGAAUUCUUAAAACUGUUGUAAAUUAUGUGAAGAUACAUGUAAUUGCAGAUACAUGCAACAAAUAAAGCUUUUACUUUCUAUUUGAAUUACAAAAUUUCUGUAACCUUUUUCAGUGAUUUUCACACAAUCUAACUGGUUCAUAUAUUUACUCUAAUUUAUGCUUCAUUAUAAUGGUAUCACCCUUGCCUAAAAAAUAUAUUUGGACAUUAACUUAAACAAUUUUGUAUAUUGUAUGCAAAACAUAUUACUGUAUCAUGUUCAUUGUAUACAUGUUGAUGUUAUUAAGUAUCAUAAAACAUAAAUUUAUUAUGCAUAUCAUGAAUAUUGCAAUAAAAAUAUUUUAUAGACAAAUA